GAACACAAUGACUUGGAUCUAACUGCCUCAUUGGGAAGAGGGGGUAUUUCUGCGACAUCAAAGAAGACUUUACAGCCCUGCUGAGCUAGCGAUCUCUUUUGAAUGCAUCUAUGCACAAUCCGACUUCCUCUUUCAGUGACCAGUGAUAAUUUUUGACAACUCAGGAUAUUUGGAAAGCUGCAAGACGUAUGGCCGGGAAAUGAAACAACCUUGGAGUGUGGCUGCCUCUUAUUUUGUGUCGCUUGGUACCAGAUGGACAGUGAGUGAAUGGCGCAGGGGUGUGGACGAACAGUUUAUAAUGUGAAAUUUUCUUCCCAUGAAGCUACAACAGACUUCAUUUCUCUCUCCCUUUCGUCUAUCGUACCUGCUCCCCUCCUCUCCUCUACCCUCUGCACUAACAAUUAACUUUUCAAGAAGGUAGCCAAAAGAAGAAGAAGAAGAAGAAGAAGAAGAAGAAGAAGAGUAUCGAUAGAGCAAUCACCCUAAUCCUAGAGCCGGAGGCGACGCGGCGCCCAGGGAGCUGCGGCUGAGCCCCGCAGAGCCUAGGACGGAUUCGGGGGCGACCGGGCGCGGGCGGCUAUGGAGCGGACGUUGCAGUCCGCCCGCCGCGGAUAGAGAGCCGGGAGGGAGCCGCGGAUCCCCCCCUGCAGCUGGGGAGGCCUCUCCGCCACUGCAUUUUCGCACCGUUGUCAACGUUCGGGAAAAGUCAUGGAAGACGGUCCGCUGCCAGACCUCAGAGAUAUCGAACUCAAACUGGGGCGCAAAGUCCCCGAGAGCCUCGUGCGUUCGCUCCGCGGGGAGGAGGUAGCCCCCCUGGAAAAGGACAGGGACCCCAGUGUGGGCAGCGGCGGCGGCGGCGGCGGCGGCGGCGUCUGCAGUAGCAGUAGCAGCUGCUGCAGUUUCCCUCCCUCCGUGUCAUCCUCGUCUUCGUCCUCUCCAACCUCCAGCUCCCCACGACCGAGCCACUCCAACGCCCUGGAGAGGCUGGAAACCAAGCUUCAUCUCCUCCGGCAAGAGAUGGUUAAUCUCAGAGCCACAGAUGUUCGGCUCAUGCGCCAGUUGCUAGUUAUCAAUGAGAGCAUUGAGUCCAUCAAGUGGAUGAUUGAAGAGAAAGCCACCAUCACCAGCCGAGGCAGCAGUCUCAGUGGCAGCCUGUGCAGUUUACUGGAGAGUCAGAGCACCUCUUUACAUGGCAGCUACAACAGCCUACAUGACGGCAGUGAUGGACUGGAUGGCAUCUCGGUGGGGAGCUAUCUGGACACUUUGGCAGAUGAUGUCCCAGGCCAUCAGACUCCAUCAGACUUGGACCAGUUCAGCGACAGCUCCGUAUUAGAGGACUCACAGGCGCUGCACAAACAUCCCAAAUUGAAUUCUGAAUACUACUGCUUUAGCUAAUCACCCAUUUUAUUUGCAUGGGAUUGGUGUGCAAUUAACUUGUAUUUAUCCUUCUUCUCUGCUGCUAUAUUUUUUGGUGUGAUUUCUUUCUUUUAUAUGACAACCUUUUAGAAAAGAAGCUUAUUUUGGAAUUGCUCAGUGAUAUUUCUGUUGCUCCUAUAUUUCUCGUCUGGACUGAUGGUUCUUUCUCUCAUAUCUCUAUUUAUUAUAACGAUUGUUCUCCCUUCAUUUUUAGUGGCACAAAUAAAGUAGGGAGAAAAGACUAAGCAAUAAUUAUAUUUUGUUUUCAGGGCAAGGAUGCCAAGAAUUACAAAAACAAAAAUCUUUGCUAAAUUUUACAAUAAACCAAAGUCUGAUAACAAUUCAUUUUGUUGCCUGUAUUCUUAAAUAACUUUAAGAUUAGUAUUUCAGAAGAUAACUAAGGUAUAUUACUAUUUAUUUAAGUUUUGAGUCAAAUGCUUAGGAAAAAGUUAGGCAUUAUUUCUAGGAGACAACUUCCUAAUGUCAAAUCAACAAUACAGUCAUAUGCUUCUACAUGACAAUAAUUCAGAAGCUCUAGCUAUAUGCAAUUCAAAUUUGUGUUAGUACUAUAGAUCAACAUUUUGUCAUUGAUUAUCUUAACUUUUAUCUUAGAUUUAGAUGUAUGAAAAUAUUUUCUUUCAAAUUUCAAAUUAUUAAAAUUAGGUCAUACAGGUUAUUCCUACAUCAUGAAAAUAGCAUUUCUCACUGACAUGAUUUUGCAGGUUGUUUUGGGGAUCUGAGAAUGCUGAAAUAUUAUUUUAAAUAAAUGAAGAGGAACAGCAUUCCUGGGCACACCCAACAAAUAACCAACCGAAUGUUACCAAAGAAAAUGUUGUAUUUUUUGAUAGUGGAGGAAAACUUUACAGUGAUUAAAGAUCACUUAAAGAUGUCCUGAAAAUAAUUUCGAUUUGAGAUUUUGUUGGUAGUCAUUUAUGUGCAUUUUGAAAUUCUAAUUAUAUAUGUACAUAUAUAUAUACACACAAAUGGAUGAAUAGGUGAAUAGAGAAUGUGGUUAGGAAAGCAGAAUAAUUCAUCUAUACAGUACAUAUGAUUCAUUUCAUCCUGUGAUUGAUAAGUCAUCUCUUCGUUGUCAGAAAUGACACCUGGAAAUAUAACUCAGUAGUAAACAUUCAGCUUUAGUGUGAUAUUAUUAAUCCUUUACACUUCUUCUACUUGAUAAAUAGUGACUACAGUUGAGAUUUCUAACUGUUCUUUGUAAUGAUAUAUUUUGCACUAAGCACUUUAAGAUAUGAGUCAAAAAGUUCUCCUGUUUACAGGUGAAAAACUGUCUUUAGUCAAAAAUUAUUUUUCAAAAGUGUCUUUUGUUUAAAUACUUAUUAUACAUACCAAACUUAUUGUUUCCAGAACAUAUACUAUUCAAUUCAAUUAAAAUUUAUGUGUCUAUAUUUUUAUGAGUUCUUUUUCAUAAAUUUCCUGAUAAAUAACUUGUUGCAAUUAUUAUUGCAUGAGGGGAUUAUCUCAUUUCUAUAUUUGAGUAAAUAGAGAUACAUACAUAAAUGGGUUAAAUUUAUAAGUCUGACCUUUGAAUUUGACUAAACUAUUACUAAUAAUAAUUCUAGAUAGCCUAUUUUUUACCAACUGAAGUAAA